GCUCUCUUCCUCUCUCUCCGAGUCCUUUGGAAUCUUGGUUUUUCUGUUUUGACAAGUAUUGGUUUCUGCUGUAUAUAGAUAUAACUAAUUGUUGCUGUUCUUGUGCAAAUAACAUUAGCAGAAACACAACAGAAGUACUAUAUUUCACUGCUCUCUCGUUCUUUUCUUUCGUCAACUUUUUUACUCGCAUGAUGACUACCUUCUUCUCUGCUUUUUAAUUCUUUAUUCUUGUACCACAAAAGGAAUCACUGAGAAAAACCACCUCAUUCCAUGCCCACCUUUAUCUCUUGGAUCAUGUACUUUAUUUUGCUGUGAUGAGGUAGGUGGAUCUGUUUUCAGAGACAAAUAGUAUUGCCUAACUUUGAUUCCUUUGUGAAAAAAAAGGAGAGAAUUCAGUGGAAGCUUCUGUAACGUGGGGAAAAUGUACAGGAGUCUUGAUGGACGUUUUGGCUUUCAUUUGGUUCAGUGAAUUCUAAACUGGGCCAGCUAGAUAGUUGUAGUAUGUUAUCACACUGAUUUCUACUGCGAUUCAAGUUUUGAGAAUCCUGUGAGUAAUUGAGGAUUAGAUUAAUAUCUCGAGGUUUCAUGCUAUGGCUGUCGAGAACGGGAGAAGUCGUGAUAAGAGUAUGGAUGAGGCCAGCACAUCAAAAAGCCAGGAGGUAGAGGAGAAAAGUUCUGCCGGAAAUGGGGACCAACAGAAGCAAGAGAAGAGCGAAGGAGAUGAGGAAACUAAAACAGUUCCGUUUAUCAAGCUCUUUUCAUUUGCGGAUUCUAAAGAUAUCUUUCUGAUGAUCCUUGGGACGGUUGGCGCUAUUGGAAAUGGAGCAUCCAUGCCAAUUAUGUCAAUACUGUUCGGAGAUCUGAUCAAUUCUUUUGGAAAAAACCAGAAUAAUAAAGAUGUAGUGGAUUUGGUUUCAAAGGUGUCUCUCAAAUUUGUCUACUUGGGAGUUGGUUCUGCUGUAGGUUCAUUUCUCCAGGUGGCUUGCUGGAUGGUCACAGGAGAGAGACAGGCUGCACGGAUAAGGGGUACGUAUUUGAAAACUAUACUGAGACAAGAUGUUGCCUUUUUCGACAAGGAAACAAACUCUGGAGAGGUUGUUGGUAGAAUGUCUGGUGACACUGUUCUUAUACAAGAUGCUAUGGGUGAAAAGGUCGGGAAAUUUAUACAGCUAGUAUCAACAUUCAUUGGCGGCUUUAUAAUAUCAUUUAUCAAAGGCUGGCUUCUUACUCUUGUCAUGCUAUCCUCCAUUCCCCUGCUUGUGAUAGCUGGUGCAGGAUUGUCCAUCAUGAUAGCUAGGAUGGCAUCUCGUGGCCAAACUGCUUACAGUAAGGCAGCGUCUGUAGUAGAACAGACUAUUGGCUCAAUCAGAACUGUUGCAUCAUUCACUGGGGAGAAGCAAGCCAUAAGUAAUUACAAGAAGUUUCUUGUCACUGCUUAUAACUCUGGUGUUCAAGAAGGCUUGGCUGCUGGAGUAGGUCUUGGCAUUGUUAUGUUAGUAGUGUUCUGUAGCUAUGCUUUGGCAGUAUGGUUUGGUGGAAGGAUGAUUUUGGAAAAAGGAUAUACCGGGGGUGAUGUGAUUAAUGUGAUUGUUGCUGUGUUGACCGGUUCUAUGUCUCUAGGGCAGGCAUCUCCUUGUAUGAGUGCAUUUGCAUCUGGUCAAGCUGCAGCUUAUAAGAUGUUUGAGGCUAUCAAUAGAAAGCCAGAGAUAGAUGCCUCCGAUACAAGGGGAAAGAUAUUGGAUGACAUCAGAGGAGAUAUAGAGUUGAGGGAUGUAUAUUUCAAUUAUCCAGCCAGACCUGAUGAGCAAAUAUUUUCUGGAUUCUCUCUUUUCAUCCCAAGUGGAUCAACUGCAGCAUUGGUUGGACAAAGUGGAAGCGGAAAGUCAACGGUGAUCAGUCUGAUAGAGAGAUUCUAUGAUCCACAAGCUGGUGAAGUUCUCAUUGAUGGCAUUAACCUCAAAGAGUUUCAGCUCAAAUGGAUUCGGGAGAAAAUUGGUCUUGUCAGCCAGGAACCUGUGCUGUUCACGUCCAGCAUUAAGGAUAACAUUGCAUAUGGAAAGGAUAUGGCAACUACCGAAGAGAUAAGAGCUGCAGCUGAACUUGCCAAUGCUGCUAAAUUCAUCGAUAAACUACCUCAGGGAAUAGACACCAUGGUUGGUGAACAUGGAACUCAGCUGUCUGGUGGACAGAAACAGAGAAUUGCAAUUGCAAGAGCCAUCCUGAAAGAUCCGCGAAUUUUACUUUUGGAUGAAGCUACAAGCGCUCUUGAUGCAGAAUCUGAAAGGAUAGUGCAGGAGGCAUUAGACAGGAUUAUGGUGAAUCGAACAACUGUAAUUGUUGCCCACCGUUUGAGCACUGUGAGAAACGCAGAUAUGAUUGCUGUUAUUUACCGUGGGAAGAUGGUGGAGAAAGGUUCACAUUCAGAACUGCUCAAGGAUCCUGAAGGAGCUUACUCGCAGCUUAUACGCUUACAAGAAGUGAACAAAGAGUCGGAACAAGAAGCAGAUGACCAAAAGAAGUCAGAUAUUUCUACCGAGUCCUUAAGACAUUCAAGUCAAAAAAUUUCACUGAAACGGUCCAUAAGUCGGGGAUCAUCUGAUUUUGGAAAUAGCAGUCGCCGCUCGUUUUCAGUGACAUUUGGUUUACCUACUGGAUUCAAUGCCCCUGAUAAUUACACGGAAGAAUUAGAAGCUUCUCCACAGAAACAACAAACUCCAGAUGUCCCAAUCAGCCGCCUUGUGUAUCUCAACAAGCCGGAGGUUCCAGUGCUGAUUGCUGGAGCUAUAGCUGCAAUUAUCAAUGGGGUCAUAUUUCCGAUAUUUGGUAUACUAAUUUCCAGGGUGAUUAAAACAUUUUUUGAACCACCUCAUGAAUUGAGAAAGGAUUCGAAGUUCUGGGCGUUGAUGUUCAUGACCCUUGGCCUGGCAUCUUUUGUUGUGUAUCCGUCACAAACAUACUUAUUUUCGGUGGCUGGUUGCAAAUUAAUCCAAAGGAUCCGAUCUAUGUGUUUUGAGAAGAUGGUUCACAUGGAGGUUGGUUGGUUUGACGAGCCUGAGCACUCAAGUGGAGCAAUUGGUGCUAGGCUCUCAGCAGAUGCUGCAACAGUGCGUGGUCUGGUUGGAGAUUCUCUUUCCCAGUUGGUUCAGAACAUAGCAUCAGCGGUAGCGGGUUUGGUCAUUGCCUUUGUUGCAUGUUGGCAAUUGGCAUUUGUAAUCCUUGUACUACUUCCUCUAAUAGGACUCAAUGGAUUUAUUCAAAUGAAGUUCUUGAAAGGAUUCAGUUCAGAUGCAAAGAAAAUGUAUGAGGAAGCGAGCCAAGUUGCCAAUGACGCUGUUGGCAGCAUAAGAACUGUUGCCUCUUUCUGUGCUGAAGAGAAGGUGAUGCAACUAUACAGAAAGAAAUGUGAAGGCCCUAUGAGGACAGGAAUAAGGCAAGGGCUGAUAAGUGGAGCAGGAUUUGGAGUUUCUUUCUUCUUACUUUUUUCUGUCUACGCAACUAGUUUCUAUGUGGGAGCACAACUUGUCCAGCAUGGGAAAACUACUUUUGCAGAUGUUUUUCAAGUUUUCUUUGCUUUAACCAUGGCAGCGAUUGGGAUUUCUCAAUCAAGCUCCUUUGCCCCUGAUUCCUCAAAAGCCAAGGCUGCAGCUGCUUCCAUAUUCUCCAUUAUAGACCGAAAGUCGCAGAUUGAUUCAAGUGAUGAGUCGGGAACAACAUUAGACAAUGUGAAGGGAGAAAUUGAACUUCGUCACAUAGGCUUUAAGUAUCCAGCUAGGCCAGACAUUGAAAUUUUCCGAGACCUCAGCUUAGCUAUUCAUUCUGGCAAGACUGUUGCCCUUGUUGGAGAAAGCGGAAGUGGGAAAUCAACGGUGAUCUCGUUAUUGCAAAGGUUUUAUGAUCCCCAUUCAGGCCAUAUAACUCUUGAUGGAAUUGACAUUAAAAGUCUUCAACUUAAGUGGUUGAGGCAGCAAAUGGGGCUUGUGAGCCAAGAACCAGUUCUCUUCAAUGAAACAAUCCGCGCCAACAUUGCAUAUGGAAAGGAAGGCGAUGCAACGGAAGCGGAAAUUCUAGCUGCGUCGGAGCUAGCAAAUGCACACAAGUUCAUCAGUAGUUUGCAACAGGGGUACGAUACCGUUGUAGGGGAGAGAGGAAUCCAAUUAUCCGGCGGACAGAAACAAAGGGUGGCCAUUGCUCGUGCCAUAGUCAAAAGUCCCAAAAUACUUCUGCUGGAUGAGGCUACCAGUGCACUGGAUGCCGAAUCUGAAAGAGUGGUUCAAGAUGCCCUGGACCGAGUAAUGGUGAACAGGACUACGGUCGUCGUCGCCCACCGAUUAUCUACAAUCAAGAACGCAGAUGUUAUUGCCGUGGUGAAAAAUGGAGUUAUCGUAGAGAAAGGCAAGCAUGAGACUCUGAUUCAUAUCAAAGAUGGUUUUUAUGCCUCCUUAGUGGCUCUUCACAUGAGUGCCUCAACUUCUUGAGUCACCACCUGCAAUAUUUCUGCCACCCCAUUUGUAGAAGUAUCAGAAAAAUAUAUCAGCAUCAGGUUGGUAUCAGAAAAAUAUCCCAACAUCGCGGUAUGAUUUAUUUUUUUAAAAGUAUAGUUAAAUAAAAAAUAAUUAAAAGAAACUAAGUUAAUAAACUUUGUAGAGUCAAUGACCAGGUUUACGAGUUUGACAAGGUAACCGUGGUUUUGCGGGUUUUGCAGGGUAUUUUUUUUAAUUGGACUUGAUUAUGUAACUGUUUAAUUUUCUUUUUAUCAUAUAGUUAAAAAAAAAAAUAGAUUUGGAAAAAAAAAACAUGUUAUUAAAUUUUAGAAAGUCCAUGGGCCUGUUGAUAUUGGUAUAUCGAGUUUAAUUUUUUUUUUAUAAUUUUUUUUUUAUAUUGGACUGAUUGAGAAUCAAGUUUUAUAAUUUGUUUUGUUUUGCUUUCAUCGAGUUAUCAUAAUCUUAAAAAAAGUUAUUAUAAAAUUAAGUAAAAAUAAUUUACAGAAACAACAAAGUUAUUAAACUUAUUAAAGUUCAUAAUCCAGGUUGCAAGGUGACCAAGGACGAUCCAAUCUGGCAUCGUUUUAAUAUAAAUUUUUAAAAAAAACUUUGUCAUAUUUUUACCGAUCAUCCAAGUUGUUUUUUUUUGACCAAUUAAAUUGAAUAAUUUACUUUGAAUUAGCUUUUAGAUUAUUUAAUUUGAAAUUCAAGCUAAAUAAGGAGUUGGACUCACAUGUUUUAAGAAUAUACUGCUAAAUUUUUUUUUUCAUGCUCUUAAUAUUUACUUCAAGUUUAGAAAAAAAAAACUGAUCCACGACGAAGAGUGCUGAAUAUGCUAGUACAUUUUAAGAUAUAUCAACAGCUCUAUGCUGAAUCUGAUGACUUUGAUGUUUAGAGAAAUUGACUGCCAUAUUAUUUUAACAAGACCUGCACCUGAAGCAAAAGGAAGAUUCACUGCAAAGGAACCAUGGAAUUAUAAAGAAGAUGAAACAGAGAUAGCAACUAUAAAACUUAAAUCUGAAAUAAUGGGUUUGGACCCAGUUCUCAUUUCAACUUAUGUUCCUGUUUCUUCAUUGGUGACUUUUUCCUCAUUCUUCUUUUCCAUCUUCAUUCUUGUAAUAUUACAAUCUUCCUUUGAAAUACCUGUGUUUCUUGCAAGGGAGGACUUUAAUGAGACAUUCCAUGCCUAUGAAAGAAGCAGUGGAUAUCUUAA